GAAACGAUGCAGCAGAGCCCCACCAGUGUUUGGGACCCAGCGCCACCCCGGCCCCGGGGACCCGCUGCCCCUCUCACUGCCCCAGUGCCCAUCAGUGGAGGACCAUGCCCAUGACGGAGGGACAGCAGCUCACAGCAAGACGGGAAAACGGGGACUUUUAGCCUUUCCCUGUCCCUUGGUAUCAUGACUGGAGAGACCCAGCAUGUUUACACCAUCGGCGACAUUGAGGCCGGCCCCAAAGACCCCGACAAGGACUUUGGCUUUGAAGGCUGUGGGGAGAAGGAUGGGAGGGCGCUAGGUGGGGAGGGCACAUCCCCUUUUCCCACCCCAAAGGACAAGGAGCCCCACAGCCAGCGGGAAGCCGUGAUCCGGCCGCAGCAAGCCGGGAAGAUCGACUUCAAGUCGCUCCACCGCAAACCCAAGUUUGGCAAUGACGGUGCAUGGGGAGAGGACAAGGGCAGCCCCCAGUCCCCCCCAGGGAAGGGGCGAUCCCGGGAGCGCAGCCGGCGCUCGGGGAAGGGUGAUCGGGGCCACCAUCAGCUUUACCGGCUCAGCAUCGCCGGUACCCGGCCGAACCCCACCAUUGGUAUCGCCUACCCCCAGCAGAAGGUGACCCCCCCCAAGGAGCCAGAGGCAAAUCAUGGCCCUGUGGCCGGCAGCUACCGCUUCCACGUGCCCAGCAUCCCCCAGCGUGAGGCUGAGCUCCAGCAAGAAGAACUCAGCUUCGGCCGCUGUUUCUCUGAUGCCAGCGCUGGCCGUACCUCCACCAACUAUACCUCACAGACCGCUCCCUCCCAUGGCCCCAAAGGGCAGCCCCCUGCUGCCGGCAUCCCCCUCAAGAGCCCCAGCACCAAUGGGCAGCUACAUUACCUAGAGUUUCAGGCGAACAGGGCUGACUCCUGGCCAUCCCUGGAGAAGAGCUUCGCUGGUGCUAGCUAUGGGAUCUCGGUGCAGAAGCCCAGCUCUUUCCCUGACGGCAGCAAAGCCGGUGCCCAAGCCCUGGGGACUUUGCCGUGCCAGUACCCCUUCCAGCUGCUGCAUGAUGCGGGGAAGGAGCCGUACCACAGCGAUGCAGGGAGCCAGGAGUACCUGGAUGUGGGGCUUGCCACCAGCCAACUCCCUCAUGGUGCCUUUGCCUUCCACUCCUCCUCCAGAGAGUGGCAAGAGGAGGUGCUGAGCAGCGGUUCCUAUGAGAACGUGUCCCCCGAGGGCAGGCUGUAUGGUUUGCCCACGCCACCAACACCAUUCCUGCACCCACCACCACCGCCAGCCCCGCACCAUGGCCCAUUGCCGUGCUGCAAGGGCAGGAGCGAGCAUCCCACCGACUCCAAUGGUGCUCUCUCGUCAUCUGGUGCUAUAGACCAAAACCCAAGCACUUUCCAAGAAAACCAAGCUGUUUUUCCGUCUAGUUUACACUCGCCUAGUAUGCCAAAGCCAGUCGGUAAAAGGCAAGCCUCAGCGAAAGACAGUGUCCCCAGCCCGCGGGUGCUGGUCCAGAGCAGCCCUCUAAGAAGGAACAUGCCACCAAACCCUCUCUCCCAAGUGCACUUUCAGAGCAAAGCCUAUUGCAGUUCCCCCGCAGGCAGCGCCAGCACAGGAUCCGUGCCUUUCGAGACAAGCAUUCCCACUACGGCACCCACCCACCCCAGGCUUGUGCAAGCUUGGGAAGGUGCCACUAAGGCGUUUUCUCCCAUGGACCAGAACUCAGCACCUUAUUCAAACCCUGUUGGAAACCAGUUCUCAUUCGAGUGCCAGUCUGGCCCCGAGCAGAGGCAGCACAGGCAGAAAAAUGCCAGGAUGCCUUGGCAGCAAAUACACCUCACUUCUGCAAUGCCUGGUCAAAACAGGCUAGAGCUGUCGAGACAGAUCACCAGCCAGAAGCUCCCCUUCCCUGUGGGCAUGUCAGAGUGGCAGGGGAAUGGGAAAGCCCAGAAAGGGCCCCUUAUAAAUAACUCCCCAGGGUAUCACAGCAAAAAGCUCUUGUCGGGAGAGAGCCUCGGGGUCCAGAGGGGAGACCCCAACUCAACAGGCACUUUCGCUUUUGAGAGUGGGAAGGAGCCAGGGUCUCCUGCCUGUGACUCGAGAAGCAAAGCCCUCUUCUACAGCAUGGGUCAAGCAGGUCCUCCUCCAUCAAGGAGCUCAUCGGGCUCAGCGCUGGUCCUACCACCAUCAGCCUUGGUGGCUGCCUCCCCUUGCGAGUCCCCUCUGCCAUCCCCCGUCCCCAACCCUACCUGUGGCAGCACAUGCUCAUCGCUCUCACCUAUGUCCAGCAGCCCGCUCAACCCCGGCUUUGAAGACAGCCAGAUGUCUGGAGCACUCACCCCUUCUCCCUUCUUCCAGCACCCCUGUCAUCCCAAGGACGGCAACAAAACCUUCCAGCCCUCCGAUGUCUUGAGCUCCAGCUCACUUCAUUACCACCCCCAAGACUCUGUCAAGUCCUUCCACUUCCCUCCUGACGCCCUCAAAGACAACAGCCUCCUGAAAUGCGCACCAGCGAGCCCGUUCCAUAAACCCAGCAUGGAGGUGGCCAAGGGAUGCUCAGAUGGGCUGGAUGGGGAGCAGCCUCCUCCUCCGUACUCCUCCCAUCACUUGCUGGCCAGUUCACUCAGCAGUGCUAGCCUGGACCAGCUGGACGUGCUCCUGACCUGCAAGCAGUGUGAUCAGAACUACAGCAACCUCUCCUCUUUCCUGCAGCACCGCCAGUUCUGCACCUCCCAUCCCAAUCCACAGGGAGAGGGCAAGGAUGCUUCCCUGGCAGCUGAGGGGCGGAAAGUGCUCCUUCCAGAGCCUCCCAAGCCCCCCAGCCUGGGGCUCUCUCCAGACACCCAGGCACAUUUGUUGGUAUUAAACAAGAGCGAUGACUUCUUGCUAGAUGGGGAUAGCAAAAGCGAGAGCAAGGAAGAUGCUCUGAAGGGUGGCCUUUUCAAUGGACUUGCCAACAGCUCCUUGCCACUCACUGCCUCAGACCUGGACAUUGAUGAUGCCAAGCUGGACAGCCUGAUCACUGAAGCCCUCAAUGGCCUGGGCUACCAGUCAGAUAACCCAGAGAUUGACAGCAGCUUCAUAGAUGUGUUUGCUGAUGAGGAACUGACAGGCAUGAAGACAGCUGGUGGUGGGUUGUCCCACAAGGCAAAGGAAGCUCUGGCCUCAGAGAGCAAAUCAAAGCAGGCAGCAGUGGAAGAGAAGGCAGGGGACCAGCCCAAGUCUGUCUAUUUUUAUGAAGAUGGUGGGGAUCAGUCAAAGAUAGUGGCAGGAAAGCAUCACCUUCACAAGGGGAGGGCAGCGCAGAGGGUGGCAGCCCAGGAGCCAGAUCCUGGGGCAGCAGGAGCAGAGAGGACAGCCAGGCUGCGGGCAGGCAGGAAGAACAGCAUCCCACUAGCCACCACCUCCUCCAAGUCCACCUCCAGCCAGAAGCAUCCCAGGAAGCUCAGCCAGGAGCCUUCAACAAAGAGUGAAGUGGGACCAGGCACUGGCACCAAGAGCUCCAAGCCACCCCGGUUCUCCAUGAAGGAUCUGAAGAAGCGAAAGCCCCGAAGUGGGACGUGGAGCAAGGAGCUCAUUCACAAGAUAGUGCAGCAGAAGAACAAGCUCCACAAGCUGCAGGUGAAGAGCAGCAAGCAGGCUCAGUGCCCCCAGGUCACCGAGAGGCUGACGCCAGCCACCAAAGAGGGCAGGUUUCAGGAAUACGACUAUGUCUCUGACUCGGAUGAUGAUGGGGCAGAGUGCAGCAAGCUCCGGGGAAGAAAGAAGCACAGCAUGGGAUUCACUGGGAAAACCAAAUACAGCUUUACCAAGAAACGUCCUGGAAGAAGGGAGAGGGUCAAAGAGAAAGACCCCACCUGGAGUUACAGCCGGAAAAAGGACACUCAGAAAAGGGAGGCACAGGAACACGGUGGGGUCCCAAGUCAGGAGGAUGCUGAGGAAGAGGAUUGUGGCACCAGAGGCUCAAGACAGAGCAGGCAGUCGUCUGCCAGCAGCAACCACAGCGGUAGCGUGCCCAGUGAGAUGGGAACCAGCCCAUCCCAUGCUGAUAGGGCUGGCUCAGGCAGCGAGAAGGGAGGCACACAGAGGAGAAGGAGCUUGGGCAGCCCAGCAUGCACGCCAAGGACUCCACUCAGCCCUCCCAGGGACAGGAGCCCAAAGAAGAGCAAGAAAAGCAAAGAGGACUUUACCAGGGGGAGCAGGCGGUUUGGUUCAGCCAAGCCUUUGCCAUUGGGCUCCAGAACAUGUCCCAGUGCAGAACCAGCCGUUGUUGCAAUGGACUGUGCAAAGCAGAAGCCAUUAGCACAGCCCCAGGAAAGGCCCAGCACGGCCACCUCGGGCAAGAGCCCCAUUGGACUCUGCAAUAAGGAGGGGGCAGAAGAGCCCAAAGAAGCAGCAAAGCCCAUGGGUAAGGCAGGAGAGCCCACCCUGGAGGCUCAGGACUCACCUGAGCUGACCAUGGUCAACCAGAGCCAUCAGUUUGGCCCUUUCACGAGUGAUGGAUUGAAGUACCAUGCAGAAGAGCUAGUUGCUCCAUCCCACAGUGGUAACGAAGCUAGUCCUAGCAAUGCGAGUGCUGCCUACUCAGAAAUGAGCAUCAAGUACUUGAAGGCACACGGGCUCAGUGAAGGUCAGAAGGACUAUUCUGCACCAGUUGCCACAUACGGGAUGGAUGCAGUGGGGAUAUUGCUCACUGCCAAGGUGCCCAAUCCAUACGUCAGCAGUGACAACACAUUUUUUGAUCCCAAAGGUCUUCCUGGGCACUAUGAUGGCAACCUCUUCUCAAAGCCCCCAGCCCUGGGCUCCUCGCACAUGGAAGACAUGUACCUAUGCAGAGACGACAUCAACACCAGCUCCUUAGAGCAGAAGCACGCCAGCAUCUCCCCUUACACCGCAGAAACGUCACAGGGCAAGGUCUCCUCCCCUCUCAGCUUCGAUUCCUCUUCAAUAUUUGGAGAGCUUCCUGUCACUGAGUUCGAUCCACCACUGUAUGAAGGUGUUUCUGCAAGCAAGGAUGGUUUUGUGACCGCAUUUACCUGUCCUGGCAAUCCCCCAAGCAAGCCGCUGCCGUUCGAUCAAUCGUAUCCACAGUUCAUGCCAGAGAAAGACUGGUCCCUCAUGGAGGAGGUGGCUCCGAUGCUGCCAGAAGACAUGACUCAGUUCCACAACCUGUCAGUGGAGAAGCCACUAGCCAAGAAGUUCCCUGAGGAAGGACAUGUCCCCACCGGCCAGCUCUCCCUGCCACUGCCGGACAGGAUAACGGAUUAUAACGUGACUUUUAUGAACAACAUGUCAGACGAUGAGCUGGAGAUCAAGCGGUUAGUCACAGAGCUGGAGAGUCAAUUGCAAACCAGCAAGAUGGACCAUGAGGCACCUGUUGCCCUCCAGAAACAUGAGCAUCACGUUGUUGCCCAUCUGCGGGUACCAGCAGCUGAGCGGUUCUCACUGCCGGUUGAGCAAGGGGCAGGCCAUGAGAAAGGACUGUUUCUGGCACAUGAACUGGGCAGACCAAGCCUCUGUGUUGGGGAGAGGCUGGGCGGUGAGAAGCCAGCUGUCACAAGUGCCCAUGGGGACUAUGAGAGACCAAGGGAGCCCUGGCCCUGCCCAGUAGAGCUGGGGUCUCUGGAGGCAGGAAUGUGCAUGCCAGCCCCACUCACCAUGGACCAUUUCUGCUCCAAAGACAGUGGUGAGCAGCUCCAGUUAACUGCAGCUGCCAAGGAAAGUGACCCUGGAAAGAUGGAAAAUGGGUCUUCCUCCAAAGAUCUACCUGGUUCACACACGCCAGAUCAAACAGAGGCUCCCAUCUACACAGACCCUGUGACUAAAACCCCUCCUGUUGCCACCAACCCCAUGUUCCCCAAGACCCUGGAGGCAGUAGAAGCAACCAAAGAUUCCCUGUCAUCCCUUCCAUGCCAGCGUGGUGCUAAGAGCUUCCCUCUGCCAGGCAAAGCAAAUGAAAGCUUCACCGAUGCUGCAGAGCUGGAGAAGUUUGAUGCCCAUCUUCCAAACCACAAACCUGGAUUUGGCUUUCAGCAGGUUCCUGCCCAAGCCUCAGAUCCCACCCUUUCACCUCCCACCAAAGAGGUCCCGGAUACAGAAGAAAGACCCUUAAGCAGGCCAGAGUCAGCCAAAAUGGCACAAAAUGCCAUGGACUUCAAAGGGGAGGGUGGUGGGCCUGUGUUGGUGGAAGAAAGAGAGGAGAGAAAGAGCCCCACCAGCUGUCUGGGCCCUGGACCCAGAGGCAAAGCCAGCAAGCAAAAAGUGCUGCUGUUAGAUAUGCUGAGUGUGCCCAAGGAGAGUGACUGUGACUCCCAGAAGGCAUCCCAGGAGACGGCUGCCAACCCUCUGCAGCAGCUUCAACUCUUUGUUGCCCGAACAGUGAAGAGCAAUGAAGAGGAGCUGUUGAUGCCGUGCUUCCCCAUGCUGCUUGCCCCCAGCCACCCCUCUACCACCACCCGCAUCCAACCAGAGGAGAAAGAGAACGGUGGUGCUAUAGAAGGGGAAAAUCAGGCAUCCUGUCCUGCCCAAGGGGAAGGGAAUGUCCCCAUUGAAGGCAACAUGGAAAAUAUUGCUACCCUAGCAAAAGAGGCUGUGAUUUUUCCUGGUGGGUGCGAGCCGGAGUCGUUCAGUUCAGUGGGUUCUUUCCAUGCAAAACAAUCUACGUUUGUAAGGCCGGAGCUGCAAAAUAAUGUAACAGAGCUGCAGCACUUAGCAAAUGAACACGCAGAGCUGGGUGACAUUAAUAUCCGUGCAGAUGGUGUUUCCCGAGAGCGUAAUGACCUCUCACCACUCAAAAACACAGCAGUGACCUUACUGCUAGGGCAAGUAAAGAAAGCUGAUCAGCUCAUGGAAGAACAGGAGCAAGAUAAAAACAAAGCAACCUUGGCAUUUAAAGAACAUGAGCAAUCUCAUUUAAACUGUAGCUUGCUUGAGAAAAACACACUGGGCAGUGCAGCAGCAGAGAGGAUGGAAAGGAACCAGGUAGGGCAGGGGACACAGCCUCCCACUCCCACAAAUCCUACCAGCCCCCUGAGUCCCUCCAACGAUGAUCUCCACCAGGAUCACUGCUUGGUGCCAGAGACAAAAGCCAGCGCAGUCAGUGCAAAGAUUCCUAGAGAAGGAAGUGGCAAGAAGCCCCUCAGUGUCUGUCAUUGCACAAGAGAAUCUCUGGCCAGCCUGCCCUUACCAACCAAUUGUUCUGAUCCCAAAGGCUUGCAGAGUGGUGGGGCUGAGGGAGGAGAGGUCCCCAUUUUUAACCUUCAGCCUUCAGAUGAGGGGAAAUAUGGCCCAUCCCUGCUUAACACAUCGAGUUCACUCGUCAUGAUGAGGUGCCCUCCCGAGGCAAACAGCCAUCACAUCCAUCACUCUACUGAGAGGCCAGUAGAGCAAGGGAUAUGGAAAAGAGGACCCACCUUUUCUCCCUCACUGCAUCACUGUGGGACCAUGCCAAUAGAGGUGGUUGAGGACAGUCACCAUCCUCUCCCCGAUGGCAUUUCAGGUAACUAUAGAUCACCUGAAAGAGAAGGCAUGUCAAGACCUGCAGCUCUGAUGCAUUCUGAUGGUCUGGGGGGCUCUACCUUGGAGAUGGAUGGUGCCCAGAAGGAUUGCUCUCUUCCCUGCUCUUCAUCUUUCAACCAAAACUGUGUUGGGAAAGCGGCACCCGAAAGUUCUCAUUUUAAAGAAAACCAAGCAUGCACCAUCACAGAUACAGUCAUUAACUCCAUUCCUCCAAAAAGCCAAGAUGAUCCAACCCAGCCCACAAUAGAUCUUCUGCUGCUCAGAGAAAGAGAGAUAACCCCAAAUCAAGAGAACAGGUUUGGAGGCUGCUCUGAUGAUGGAAAUAAGCAUCAAAGUGAACCAGAGGCUUUAUCCAAUGGUUUUGCUGUUCAGCAAGGGUCAGCAGCUGUCAGCAGAGAUCUUACAAGGACUGGAGAUCUUGGUCCUGUUGAAUUAAAUGGCCAUGAGCUUUCAGCAGAGAUGAGACAUGGUCUUUCCAAAACCACAGAGAGUGGAGGAAAGAGUUUAGAAGGGAAAAAACCAAAAAGCGAUGGGGCUGGAGAAGCUGAGAGCUGUGUGAUAAACAGUAUGGGCCAAGGAGAGGGCAAUGCACCUAACAGUACUCCAAAUCCUCCCAAAAAUGAACUUCACAAAGAAAAGAAGCCAAAUGGGGUGCCGGUGACUUGUGACAUUUGUUCAGCCACUUUUCGGUCCAAGCCUGGUCUGACCAGGCACAAAGCUGUCAAGCACCAGGUGAGGAACAGUGGCAUGCCACAGCCCAGCAAGACUUCCAGGUCCACUUUGGUUCCUCCAGACAACACAACAAAAGCAGCCCAAAAGGCUCCCAGGAGGAGCCUGAAGUCUUCAAUCGCAGACAAAGCUGACGGCGCACAGAUGCCAACCAACGACGCUGAACAGACCACCAAGAAAAUAUGCCCAGACCUGGAGAAAGAGCCCAGCUCACAGAUGCAAGAAGUGGUGAGCAGAGUGCUCAGCGACCUCAGCGUGAUCUCCUUUGAGAUGUCCCAGGAGCUGCACCGCACACGUGUUCUGCAGAGGGAGAUGAAGGCAAAGGGAUCAUGCUCAGAGACAACAGGAGCAGGAGAGGCAGAGGCUGGGAAGCUGGACUCGGGACGGCAAGCCAGGAAGGGAGAAAAGGGCAGAAGGAGCCAAAGCAAAGAUCCUGGGGACGCGAAUGGCAGUUCUGAAAAGAAGCUGAACAGGAAAGUGAGACAAAGGAAAGAAAAAGUGUUUCCCAGCAGAAAUGAGCCCGAUGGUCCAUGUGGGAUGGAGAAGAGUGCAAGUCCUCCUGCUGCUAUCCUCAGCUCCAGUCUGCCCAGGAUCAUGGAGGACUUGCAUGAGCCAGGUGGUUGCAUCACCACAGAGGGGCAAAAUAGGUCCAACUCAACACAGCAUUCCCAAAAAGCUAACCAGUCCCCUUGUGCAGCUGAGCUUGCAGAGGACCUAGGCGACAGGAUGGUGUCUUCAAAGGAGAUGACCAGCAACGAUUCAGUAACAGGCAUGGUAACCUGUCCUGGGGAUGUGGAAGAUCCAAAUGGAGUGGAAGACACGCAGGCUUGCAAGAAAUGGGUUAGCAGGUUUGUGAAGCAAGUGGUAAAAGGAUUGGGUAAAGUCGGCAAUGAGCAGCUUCGUGGUGCUGAUGACACAGAGGAGAUGGGUGCUGAGACAAGAGACAGUGCUGUAGUAGGCAGCAGCACUGGGAACCAGAGUGGUGCCCUGCAGGGUCCCACAGCUCCUGCUGAAGAAGGUUUGCUGCUGGAGACGUGUGAUUCAGAAACAACUCCUGUGCAAGGUGCCCUGCAGACCAUGCCACAGACCAGCCAUUCUCCUGCAGAGCCAAAGCAAUGGGCGAAGGCAGACAUGGCACCGGGCAGCGAGCAUUGCAUGGAGAGCGCGGCUGUCUCGGACCUCCAGAGCCUGUUCGAUGAUGACUCCACAUUCUCCAAACUGUUCCCCCGUGAUGACCAGUUUGUUCGGAGGAAGUGCACACGGGUGUAUGGGAAGCGCAGCAAGAAACCUAAGCCCAGCACAGAGGUAAACCUCCAGCCACCAGGUGCAGUUGACCUCUUCUCCAUGCGAUUGCCUUCUGACCUCAGCGAAACCAGCUCUUUCUGUGUCACCAGGGAGGACACUUGUGAUUAUGAAACCAUCUCUGUUGAUGAUGCUUUAAUGCUGAACAUGUGUCACAACAGCAAGGCGAAGAGCAGAGAUGCUGCUCCCAGUGGAUCUAACAGCAUUGCGCCAAGGUUGGACCAUGAGAAGACUGACCAAAGGAAGGAGGACAUUGACCUGGAAGACAACAUGCUAACCCUCUUGUGCCAAAACAGCCAAGACAACGUCCCCAGCUUGAACAUCUGGGGAAGUCUGGAGAAAGAUGGAGAAAGCCUUUCUGCCGAGGACAUGUUUGAGCCUCUGAUGAACCUUGAGGACGAGCACUCACUCAGAGAAGUGAGUUCUGAGCCCCCCGACCUGGCUGAGGAGCCUUAUGAUGACAAGGCUAACGAAGGUUCAGACUCUCCUGAGUUUCAUACCAUCGACAUUGAGAUGCUGAAUGCAAAGCUAAAAAUGAGAGACAUGUGCUUCUAUGGCUCUUGUGAAGAUCUUCCCGGCCCUGGGGAGGACAAUGAUGUGAGUUUCAAGCCAAAGCCAGGCCAGCCUAGCAAGCACAAAAGUAAGCAAGAAGAUGGGAAACUGGGGAAGAACCGAAGUGAGAUGACCAUCAAGACCAAAGACAAGCAGUACAAAUGCAAAGUCUGCUUCCAGUGGUUCCUGACACUGGGGGAGCUGGACUUCCACAAGCUCUCCCACAACCCUUCCCCUCCACCUACCUGCUAUAUGUGCGUCCAGCGCAAAUUCAGCUCCCGGGAGCAGCUGAGGGACCACCUGAAGGAGAAGCAUGCCAAGAACAAAGCGGGUUUAUGGGCUUGCGGAAUGUGCCUGAAGGAGAUCUCCGACGUGUGGAUGUACAACGAGCAUCUCCGGGAGCACGCCACCCAGUUUGCUCGCAAGGGGCAAGCGCAGAAGUCCGUGAUGGGCCUGCCAGCUUGCUUCAGUGAGGACAACGCUGCUGUCACCCACUUCCUCAACACCAUCAUGUAUCGGAAGCCCAGCAGGUCCUCCCGGCACGCAGACCCCAGCAGCAAGCAUGCAGUUAGCAGGGAGAGCAAGAGCCCCAAACAGCUGCCCCUCGAGCAAGAGGCCAAGGCAAUGAAAGACCCCUUGGAAACCAAUGCCAAGGUGAAGCCACCUGCACCCAGCUCCUCUAAAGCAUCUGCUAGUCAGUCUCCAGAGCACAUGGCAAAAAGUGAAGGCACCCCUAAAUCUGUCCCCAUGCACCCAGACUGCAAGGAUCCUUCCCGGGACUGUCAUCACUGUGGCAAACAGUUCCCCAAGCCCUUCAAGCUCCAGCGGCACUUGGUCGUGCACAGUUUACAGAAGAUUUACUUGUGCCACAAGUGUCCAAUGUUCUACCAGGAGACCAAAGAGCUUCGAAACCACCUCAUCCAGGAGCACGGCAUAGUGGAGGAGCAGGAGAUCAAGCACACCACCCUGUACGCCUGUGAGCUCUGCGCAGAUGUCAUGCACGUUAUCAAGAAGUCCUUCAUCUGCAGCAUGUGCAACUACACCUUUUCCAAGAAAGAGCAGUACGAUCGGCACAUGGAGAAGCACUUGGCAGGAAGCAACAAGACUUUCAAAUUCCGAGGGGUUAUGAGGCCGGGCAUUGCCUCCAGGGAGAGGAGGGAGAAGGUGAAAGAGGAUGGCUCCCUGCGGGAAGGCAUGCCACCGAGCAAGAAGAGGAAGGUUUCUCAUCGUGGAACCUCACUCCUAUCCACCUCGCCGGUCCACCUCGACCACACCAGUGACCUUCAGCUGGUAGAGACUGCAAGCCCCAGCCUGCAGGCUCCCACUGACUCCUUCCCUACAUCACCCAGUGACACAGGAGCACCCCAACCCUCUAUGAAAGCAGAAGACCUGGUGGGUGACUUCUCUGACCUCUUGGAAGAGAUGGAGAAAUCCCAGUUUGACACGCUGCCUCCAUCACACUGCCUGUCUCCAUCUUUGUCUCAGGCUGCGGCAAGCAGCCCAGACCUUGGGCAUAUCACUGCCCUGUCAAUAGAGGAGCUGGAGAAAGGAGCGUUUGAUGGGAAACCCCUUCCCUUCUUGGACUCACCUGAGUUUACCAUUGAUCUUGCUGGGCUGGCUUGUAACCAGGCCACAGACCAAAAGCUCUCUCCUUCACCCCUGAGUGAGAAACAUGACUACGUCAAAGCACAUAAAAGAACCAGUGUGAGCAACAACGAUGAAUACAUAGUGGAUGUCCUGGAAAAUCCCAAUGAAGACACUGAUGCUGUGGAUGGGAUUCCAUUUCUCCAGCUUGAUGAGAAGGCCUCAGAGAUUCCUUCCUCACAGGCAGGGUCUCCACCAGCCAAGGAGACACACAGAUGGGGCAGCUCCAGUGCCAGCGAUGCCUGGGAAAGUCCAUCUAAGGCCACCUCUCCAGAAGCUGCCCACCACUCCUUGCCCCUGAAGGACAAGACGGCAUCACCCACACUGGAGAGGGCUGCCAAAGAUUCAGUCCUGCAGAAGAAGACCACGAGUAGCCAGCACAGCAGCAAGGAUGCUGCUGGCAUGGGCAGCCCUGGUAGCAGCACUGAGGAAGGUCAGCAACCCAUCUCGGGGAAGGAGAAAACCAUGCUUGAGGUUAAGGACAGUAGCACUAAUGCAAAGUCCCAAGGUGAAAACUCUAGCAAAUCCACCAGCCACCAGACCAGGGGUGAGGCCACCAGCAACGCCGUGAAACACAGCCACACAGAGCCAAGCAAAGCCGUUGGCAAGCUUCACGCCAAGAGGAGGAAAGAGCACAAGUCCUUGAGCCACCGGAGCAGCUCUGGCUCCCGGGAGAACAUGGAAGGAGAUGGGAAAAAGAAAAAGACCCGGACCCCAUGCCCAGGGAGGAGCGAGAGCACCGCUGAGCUCAAACGCACCGGAUGGAGUAACGCUGAAGCUUCUGCCCUCUCCCCUGGGAGGAGGGAGACGCACUGCAAUAAGCUGGUACCUAAGCCCAAAACGGGCACCCAGCUGAAGAAGAUGGUCUUGGACACUUAUAACCAGAAGAAGGGGAUGCUCCGGCACGCCAAUGGGGAUAUGAAACGCAGGAAGGCCAUUCUGGGCAAGAGCCUUCACCAAGUGUUGGCUAAGGGGCCGGAGCCAUCCCCUCGUGGUUCCUUGCCCCGGGGUGCCAAGCCUGCCAGCUCAGCCAGCUACCGCACUGCCGAGUCCCAGAACAACCUGCUAAGCCAACUCUUUGGGCAAAAAUUAACUAGCUUUAAAAUUCCUUUAAGAAGAGAUACUUCAGAAUAAUUUAUGGAAGUGACUUAUGGUGAUCCCUCAGCUGCUUUCAUGGGGUUUGCAAGGGAAAAAAUUAUCAAAGCAUUAAAUUCGUUUGUGUAGCAUGAUUUCUCUGUCUAGCUUAAAUGAACUUGCACUGCAGCCUCUGUGAAAUAGUUUGCUUUGUGUCUACUAAUCUACUUUAAUUCACCUGAUUUAUCAUGCAAAUGCUAGAACUUUGAUGUUGCUGAUGAUUUUCAUGAACUGAAAUUGUAAUCGCUUUGGGCAGACUGAAUCGUCGAGAGCAAUUGCUUUAUUGCAGAAGUGCUGAGGUUAUAAGGAUACUUGCAAAUCUCAGACCCUUUUGAGUCUGUGUCUGUGUUAUCUUUGUACAAAGUACUUGAAGAGAUGAACUUCAUUCCAUAGACGUCUUAUUCAUAAGGUGCAGUACACUGUAGAAAGCAAAUUAUUAUUUUUUUUUUCUUGAAGAUUUUGCACAAAUAAUCCCAUACAAUUCAUUUAAUUGGGAGCUGGCCUAAGAGAUGAUACAAUUAAAAAAUUAAAUUAGGAAUCGAGUGUCCUACAUUUUGACAGCCAUCCCUAUGAAUUUGUUUCUACAUCGUCAAGAGGAUAGCGAGGCAGCUCUGGGGCUGUCGGAGCCCUUUAGAGGAUGCUGCCACUCUUUUGACCACUGUAGACGAUGUAACCGGAGGAGAGCAAACUGCACCUUGACACUUGUGACAAACUCUGAUUUUUUUAGGGUUUUUUUUUUGGUGUGUAUGUGUGUGUGUGUGUGUUUUUCUUUAUGGGGGUUAAUUUUUUUGUGCAACGACAAAACUGUGCCAAUUUACCGCACCGAACCGGUACUGUCCGAGUGCCCUCAACAGUAUCACUUCUAAAACUAUCUUACUGUAUUGAGUUAGUGGCUAUAUAGGUACCCGCUUUUUACUAUGCAGUUACUGGUGCUAUUCUUCUUUUGUAAUGUGAAUACAGACUUCCUUGAUUGAAAAAUAAAAGGGAACCGUUAGGAAGUAGCAGUUACCUGUAAAAGAAAACAAAGCAGGAAAAGAAAUAAAUAGCUUAAAAACAUCCAACUUUAAGGGAGGGGGGGGAAGAAUCCUGUAUGCUGGUACUCCGCAGUGUCGAAGAGGUUACGUCACGUUGAAUGAGCACGUUAUACAACCGAACUUUUGAAUCCGGAAAGAAAUCUCAGGUGCAAACGAGGACAUGGAGGAUAAUUAAAAAUACUAUUGAAAUACUCCCAAGUCAAGGAGGUGAAGUAAUGCACUGAUGUGAUAUGAGCAGUCAGAGUACUUUGCGUCUGUCCUGCAAUGAUUUUUUUUGUUUUGUUUUGUUUUAGAUUUAAAAGAAAAGAAAAAAAAAAAAGAGGCUUUAUUCUGUUAAUAUGUAUCUUUACAAUUCUUUGUAUUGUAUAAAAAUAUUGUAGGUAAUUUACCUUGGGUGCAAUGUGUUCUGUCAAAAGUUUUUAUUUUGAUAUUUUUGUCAGAGAAGCAGAGAGAGAGCAGGAAAACGCCGUUUUAUGAUGUUGUAUGUGUGCUUUUAAAGUGCCUCUUUAAUAUUGUUAAAUAAAGUAUGAGAUGAAAAUAUGGGGUGGUACUGUAAAAUCAUACAUGAUUAAUCUUUUCAAAUAUAUUCCAAUAUUUUCACAGAAA